AUGGCGUCGACGCAAGGGUUGUCCUUAUUGGACAUGCGCACUAGUUUCAAUGCCUUGGCCGCCGACACGCUUAAUGGGGACGGUUCAGUGUUGGCACAUGCGUACAUGCUCUCUAGCGCCGGCCUCCGGCGGCAAACUGGGCGUGGUUUGCUAUCCGCAUGCGCACUCGCUGCCCGUGCAACCUGCGCCUUGAGGGAAAGCGUUGUCUGCGGCUGCGCGGGCGGGCGGACAAUGGCGGCGGUGAGACUGAGACUGAGACUGGGCUCGGGCUAUCGGGGCCUGAGGAGGGGCCUGGGAUUCAGCCGCACAGAGUCCGGCAUCGCAGCAGGACCGCAAGGGCUGGAGGACCCAUCUCUGGUUAUGCCCCCCUUCCAGAGCCGUAAGUACCAGCCUCCUGAGCAGCUGGAAGAGAUGGUGCGGGCAGCGGUGGAACGGGUCACAGGUACGCCCUCUGGCCCGGACUGGCAGGAGGCUCAGCUGGAUGAGGGUCAGAGGUUCCGACUCCUCUGUGAGCUGGCGCAAGCGCUCAAACACGUGGUGCCCAAUUCCCAGCUCCAUCAGACCAGGAGUCCGGGAGAACUGCUGCGCUUUUACCAGCAGCCAGUCGACGCAGACCCCUUCGCCUUCCAGGAACUGGCUCACUCGAAGCUGCCUCCCAAUAUCCGCAUCAACUGGGGCUACGACGGGAAAGGAGGGGAAGGAAUGUAGCCAGGCCGAGAGAAGGAAUGCCUGGAGCUCUGUGUCCUGGGAGGCUGGCAUUCGAUGUACUUCCUACCCUCACGGGGCAAGAAAGGACAUCCCUCAGACCCCAUUGCACUGAGGGGGGGUGGGGGAGCAGUUACAUUACCUCGCUGCAUCUGUGGACCCUUAAGCACUGAAUAAAUCUUUUUCUUAGAGGUG